GUUGCGGUUUGUGGACUCCGUCGAGAGUCUCCCGGCAAAAUGUUGAAAAUGCGACUGGUGUUGUCUCUGGAAAAAGGCAGCGCGUAGCGCGAUUUCUUUCCCACUGGAAUACGCACGAAGAACGCUCUUCUACGGUCCAACAAUCCCGAUGAGAUGAUUGUGAAGCAACCAUGCCUACUAGUGGCUCUUCUCCUCUGCCUACGGAGUCCCCAGUCAGAUGCAUCUGGGAUGCCAUCACAGGAGCCGGAGCACAUGACGGCAUUGCUGGGGCAGGAUGUGAUCUUACACUGCCCCUUCGAAUACCCGGAUGGCAUGCCAGUGCCCUAUCUUGUUCAGUGGCACAAAAAAGACCACAAGAUACCUAUUUACAUCUGGUACGACGGGUACCCACCACAUGCGGCCGAUGACUACAAAGAACGCAUUUCACUUUCGGGUCAGUCAUCACUGAACCUGACAAAUGUGCGCGAGUCAGACAAGGGCUGGUAUGAGUGCAAGGUCUUCUUCCUCAACCGGGAAACUAUUCGUAAUGGAACUUGGAUCUACCUCGACGUACUUGCUCCACCACACUUCAAGUCCAAGCCAGAACAGAUAAUCUAUGUGAAGGUGGGUGAAUCGGUGGUGCUUCCCUGUGAAGCUGAGGGCACCCCACCUCCCACCAUCAUAUGGUACAAGGACAACCUUCCGCUGGAAGAGAGCACCAACACCCAGAUCCACCCAACAGAGCUGCGCAUUUCCAACCUGCGCCAGACAGAUGUGGGCGACUAUACGUGCAUGGCUCGCAACUCGGAGGGCAGCGACUCAGCGCUUGCCAAAGUCAUCGUGGCUGGCCCUGCAGUGAUCACAACCCCUCCACAAAACCUAACGAAGCUGGAGGGAAACUUUGCAGAGUUUGUGUGUGAAGCACGUGCAUUGCCCUCCAACAUCACUCAUCGCUGGUUCUACAACGGUGUAGAGAUCUCCAAAUUGACCUGGCUGCAGACACGUACGCUUGUACGCCAGGAUGGCACACUGUUUAUAAACCCCACUGCAGCGGAUGACUCAGGCUUCUACACCUGUGAGAUCUCAAAUGGCAUUGGCCAACCUGAGUCUGCUACUGCUUACCUCAACAUAGAGUACCCAGCAAGGGUGAACUUCACGCCAGCCUUCCAGUACAUGCCUCUGAACCUGUCAGGAGUGGUGCGCUGCUACAUCCAAGCCAACCCGCCCAUUCAGUUUGUCACCUGGUUCAAGGACAACCGGCCCUUUGAAGCCAAUGCCCUAAAUGGUGUUGUCAACCUGAGCAAUGGCUCACUCUUCUUUCAGCGUGUGUCGUAUGAACACCAAGGACGCUACCUGUGCUCUCCUUUCAACAUCCACUCCACAGGAGGGUCUUCUGCUGUCAUGGAGGUGCUUGUCCGUGAGCCGCCCAUGUUCUCAGUGAAGCCCAAGGAGCUGUACCAACAGCCGAGAAACACGGAGGUCACCAUGCCUUGUGAAGGCAAGGGGCACCCUCCGCCAACCAUCUCUUGGAGGAGGGCGGAUGGCAAGAAGCUACCCAAAAAUCGGCACAGUGUGAGUAAAGGAAAGCUGACCAUUCGGAGCCUGCAGAAGGAGGACCACGGACGAUAUGAAUGUGUAUUGCAAAACGACGUCGCCACCUUGGUCACCAGCACCCUUUUGCUGGUCGAGAGCACAACACCACAUGCACCCACCAAUGUGUCGGUGAACACUAGCGCCUUUGCGGCCACUGUCUCUUGGCUGCCGGGUUAUGAUGGGGGCCACCCACAGACCUAUGUCCUCUGGUACCGGCUCGUGGGGCAAGGUGAUGCUGAGUGGCGCACCAUCCGAGUGUAUCCGGACAACGCCAUCACACUGACCAUCCAUAAUCUACAACCUGAGUCUCAGUAUGAGUUCCAGGUGCUUUCGCGCAAUGCCUUUGGAGAUGGACUUUACAGUGACAUUGUGCGCGCAAACACUACCAAGUGGAACUACAUUGAAGGUGCCUACCCAACAGAUGCGUAUGGCUCCACCUACAUCCCCACUGUGAACAGGACCCCGACAGCCCCCCGGCUCCCUCCUUCUACCUCGUCCUCCCCUCCUUCACCAUCUCCGUCACCAGGUCCCAAGCCGUCUGCGCCGCGCAAUGUAACGGUACGCGAGACUUCUGCUGGGGUGCUGGUCACAUGGUUGCCGCCAGUCAACUCAUCGGUGCCUAUCGCCUUCUACUGUGUGGAGUACCGGUCGCCAGACAAGCCAUGGGCACGCAGCACCAACAUCAUGACUGGCAGCGAGUACACCAUCACUGACUUGCCUGAGGGGACCAAGUUCUACAUCCGCGUCUCAGCCUUUUCCAUUACCUCUGCCUUUGAGUCAAGCCCCGAAAUACUACUUACCCUGGCAGGCUGCUGUGUUUCAGACCGGGGCCCCAAGUACAAGCGGGACCAGGCCAUCAUCUCGGGUGUCGUCGGUGGCGUGCUCUUCUUCAUCGUGGCCAUCAUCCUCUCGGUCUGCGCUGUCAAGAUCUGCAACAAGCGCAAGCGGCGGAAGGCCGAGAAGGCGUACAUGAUGGUGACAUGCCCUGUAGCAGAUGCUCGUAAUGGAGGCCACUCACAUGGAGGCAGCCCUGUCUCACUGAAAAAACACCCGGAAGGCCGAAUACCAGGUGUAGUGGUGACUGGUGUAGCGGGCCCGGGACCUUGGUGGCCGGUCCCCCCUGAGCCCCCUCCGGCAGCCCCGACAACUCGGCGGCCCGUCAUUGCAGCAACCACACCGCGGGCAAGCAGCCCGGGCCUCCAGCUGCUGCUGCAGGGCUUCCCCGAUGACUUGAGCCCCGUGAGCGGUGGUGACCGGUCACUGCCCAGCACGGUGCCAUCGAGUGCCGCCUUCUCGACGCCUCCGUCCCGUGAGCCACCUUGUGGCUUCCGGCCCAUCCAUGCGCCCCCUGCCAUUGUGCCCCGCGCUAGUGUCGCCACCGGCAACACCGGCCGGCAGCCACCUCUAGCCACUAGCUCACCGCCUUGCCUUGGCUAUAAAAAUGGCGGCAGCGGCUACACCCGCGAGCGCCUGCUGGGUGCAGUGCAGCGCGUCCGGUGCACGGCCCUCCGCCACCACAGUGCUCCUGAGCUGCAGAUGACGGUCUCGGCAGGCAGUACGGCAAAUGCGGGGACCGCAGCUGUGGCGGCGUCGAGGCCUGAUUCAGCAAGCCUGACAAGUGGUAGCUCUGGACGUGGCAGCUCGGCUGGCGCAGCCCGCGGUGACUCCCUGCAGGGAGAGCUGCGUCCAGCAGCAGCCAACCUGGUGUCGUCAUCUCUGGUGCCGCCUCGCGACCAGUCGGUGGACGAGAACUACGAGUUUGACCCAGCUUUGAGCCCUGCGUUGGGUGACGAUGAUGACGCGUGGCGCGGACUGAGCGACAGUGAGCUCUACAGCACCGCCUGGGAUGCUGAGACCCGCUGUGCAGCAUUGAAGCGCGAGUUCUUGCGCCGACGCCGGCGGCCGCUUGAGAGCGCCUGCUGAGACAAAAAAGGGGGUCUCCUACUCCUCUUCCUAGUCACGGAAGCAAUAACGCGCCGACUCGCCUACACCAAUGUCACAAACGGCACAUCCUAUAAGGGCUAUGCUGUAGUGGCCUUUCGUGGCAACUCACCUUGUUGCUGCAACCAGUUUCAUCUCGAGCUGCUCCCUGCCUUCACUUGCAUCUGAUGACAUUCUAAAGCCAUAUAUGUGGGCCUCUCUGUGGCUGACAAAAUGCUGUUAACUUGUGGUGCACGUGUGUCAUCAGUCUGCUGUGGGAGAUGCCGCACUAGCAAGAUCUUGUGGCUUGCCACGAAAGACCACUGCCUCACACUUCCUGUACCCACAUCAGCUCAAUGCGGCGAUGACAACCCAUGUACAGACUGACGUGCUGUGGCCACCUCAGUUGACGAGUGCUGGACGCUCGUGUGCGACAGUCCGAGGACGCUUCUACUUUUGUGGUGCUCGUGCAACGCACAUAGAAGGUGGCAAGCAUGCAAAUUCUUCUUUCUUUUCUCUUCUCAUGCGCGUCACCGACAUAGUACAAGGGCUUCUCGGUUUAUUACUACGCUGGCUUCACUUUGCGCUCUCUGAACCCCUCCACCCUCUGGAAUGAGAUACUUUUUUUUUCGGGUGGACCGACUCACCAGCUCUUGCGAUAAAGGGAGUCUAGGGAACUUGUAUGCAUGUAAAUAGACUGAGGAGAAAAGAAGGUGGUUGUUGCAGAGCGUCGUAGUUCUCGUAAUGUUAGUCCCCAGAAGCACAGAACUGUAGACACCAAAACAAAGAAUUGUCUUUUCUUUUUUUCGCAGUUGCUUCUCUGUGUAACUUAUCUGAUGAUGGUGCCCCAUGGCACACUACGCCUGCACACAUUCCAAGGUCACCUCCAUGCUCCACAUAUACACCGUCGUAACAAUUCCUUAAAAGAAAAGCACACAGGCACAUACUACAACCUAAACUCACGACAUCCAUGUGAAACACACACACACUCUUUGUAGAAUUUACAGCAAGAGUCAAAAUUUUAUUGUAGGCUGUCACAUCACAAUACAUAUAGCGCAAAUUAUGCAGCGCCACUUGUUGCUGUGUUAAAUACAAAGAUGGCUAAAAAAAUUCAUCUUAUGUUCGCCUGUUAUCAUAGCACUCAUGAAGGCGGACAGGCAGUAAGAGACUUGGGCAAUUUGCAGCCAGAAUUUCUUUACAUGCAAGUGCUGCACAUAAUAUUAUACAUCAUAUAACUUUGUUUUGCUUUUGGCUAUGGUAUUUUAUUUUCUAAAUUUUUUAUUUCUUGUUUUUGUCCUACACUUGCUAAGGAUAUCCAUGUGAAGCUGAAGUCUAUUGGUUAUGAUGUCUGACUGAAGUAUUUUUACGGAGUUUACAGAACGCUCUUAUGUUUGUGAGCUUUGCAACCGCUUGUUCGUAGAUUGGUUUUCUUGCAGACAAUUAAAUCAAGGGGUCUUUAUGACUUAUAUUAGUUUGGAUGCAUUGCUAAAUUCUCUUUGUAGUUGAGUAAAUGAUAAGUUCCCUUGCUGUGUUAGAAUUAUUAUAAUUUUCACAAACGCUGCAGCCCAUGAUACCUCAGGGAUUAAAGGACGCUUUAAAGGUGCCUGUGACAUUAAGGGGCCUUGACUUCCUUUGUGUUUCAGUUAGUUUUCUUCUGUUUCUUUGUUUUCAACCUGUCCUUAACCAUCACAUACUGGAGAUAGAAGCUUAGUUUUCAGUUUAUUUGUGUAUCAGGCUGUCUUGAAAUGAGCUUUGCAAAUUUCAAAAGUCUCUUAUUGCUUCGUGCCCUGCUGGUAUUCAAAGAUUUGUCUACGUAGCAACCUGCAAGGCCGCUAUGUUAAGUCAGCCAGCGGUCAUCUUGAACAGAUUGCCCACCCUGACACAAAUGAAGUGGAAGUAUAUGUUAAAGAACUGCCACACUGUAGGCUUCUAGAGCCAGAACUAUACAUAAGGUGCAGCAGCAGCAUUUUGCAGUCAGCCACAUGGUAACAUGAUGACUUUGAUACCUUUAUUAUUGCUUUGCUCCAAAUAAUAUUGUAAGCAGUUAUGUAUACCUGCCUUGUUAUGUAGCUGAGAACCAAAGUGUCUGCUCCUGGUCAUGUGUGUCAUGGAAGUAGUCUUGGAGACAUCAAUUACACACAACAAUAAAAGGUGACAUUUUAAGGUAGGUAAAGUGCAAAAAGCAUGGAAAAUGUCGCCUUGCCAACUGGCUUGGGUACAGACCCUAGAACAAUAGAAGGCACAGUAAAAAGAAAAUGUUCAGAAAUAAUCUAAGGGGAUGCUUAAGAUAAAUGCCUAAUCACAUGCUGCAGUUGCCAUAUUUCUUUUAAUUCAGUAAGCAUAUUUUUUUUGCGUACAUGUUAAAAGUUAUCCUCUAUGCAUGAAAUGUGUGCACAGGUUGAAGACUUGAGGUGGUGUUGCUGCCACUUCUUCACCCCCCCCCCCCCCCCAUCAUUUUUAAACAUUUUUUUUUGUUUUAUGGUACUGUGCAAUAUUUUUGGAAUAUUUGCAAAAGAAACUCUGUUGUAGCCGUAUGUCAUUGCAAGGUUGAUUUUACAUGCCUUGAAUGCAAUGCAGUUUACUUAUAACAAUGAUGAAAAUUCAAAAUGUGGUAUCAUUGAACUAGAUAUUUUAUGUAGAUUGAAUUUCAUGUACAUCCAAUACUAUAUGACGCAGUACGCGGUACCUUUCAUUGUAACCAGCGAUCAUUAUAUGGCAUAUCGUUCAGAGUAAACUCGUAUCUUUGCAGAA